UUACUUAAUUAAUUACUUGUCUUUGCUUUCUUUUCGUCAUGGUACAGGAGCAUAUUUCUUUCCAGUAGGGCUCUCCUUGAGCUUAGUUCGAAUUUAUUUCAAUGUGUUCCAAUUGUGAAAAAGUGAUUUUUGAAUUUUGGAAAAUAUUUCCCAGUAAAUAUGUUAUGUUAUUUUAACUCGAUCAGUGGUAAUCUCACUCUCAUGGACAUAUUAACAGUGAUUAAAAUUGGGAAUGAAUUAUGACUUAAUGCUGUGCUAAAUCUUGGGCUAUCCUAGGAAACACAAAAAAAUGUGAUGCCUAAUCAUUUCAUUGUAACAAAAGUCACAGCUAGAUUUGCCUUAAAAUUCUUGCAAUUUGAGUCAAAAAAAUGAAAUAAAAUUAACUUGACUGCUUAGAAGCUUUUGUGUGAUAUGUAUUAGUUGGAAAUAUUUUUUACAUUAAUUGACCUAGGUGGAAGAUUGGAUGGUAAGAGAUAAUUGAAUAAUAUUCGUCACAGAUUGAAACUCAAGAUGAUGCUGUUAAAAAUACUGGCACUUGGUGUUUUAGUUAUAGGUUUGACCCAGUAUGUGGCACCUUUAGGUGACCUGCAUCUGAACUUGACAACUCGUAACACAGAAAUGCUCAGAAGCAUUGCUGAUACAACUGAAGACUAUGCUGGCAGACACACAGUCAUCCUCCUCAGAAGAGAAUUUAUUGCCAGCACCAUUGCUGACAACAUAAUCAACUCACUGACCAAUCCGAUGAUGAUAAUCGACGAAGAAAAAAUCCCUGCAAUGAGAAAAUUUGUCAUCUUACUGCCCCAGAAAAACUUCAACUACACGAACCUAAUGCCAUCUCUGAAUCAUGGGAAAAUGUCCGUGUACCUGGCUGUUUUUCAACAUCCUGACUUUGAUGAGGAGACCAUAACCGAUCUAUUUGAGGAAUUUUGGUCUGUGAGAAUAUUCAGUGUGCUUGCUCUUUGGGAGUCAGGAGAAAACAAAAGUAUUGGUUUAUAUACGUAUAAACCAUUUUCAAAAUUCCACUGUUGGAAUCGUGGCCAAUUAAUUCUCUUAGAUACAUGGGAUCCUGUGAAAGGCUCGAUGAGUAAGGGUAGAAAAUUUUCCUUUGACUUUAAAAAUUUCUAUGGGUGUGACAUUAGAUGCCUCGGUAUAACCCGCCCACCGGACAAUAUUAUGAUUCGCCAAGAUGAUGGGUCAUGGACGUCAGACGGAGUAGGGGGAAAAGUGCUAGAGAUUGUUGCAAAAAAAUUAAACUUCAACCCAGUCAUAUCCGUUAUAAAUAACAACGUGAGUGAGGAGUAUGGAUGGUACUUCACAGAGGGACCCGGUGAACUCAUAUCAAAGGCUUUGAUUGAAGAACAGUACGAUUUGGCAUAUGGUUGGUUCUCUGAAGCCGAAUACGGAUACCAUGGAGUUGAGCGUACUCAAAAAACUAGCAUUGACUGCUUUGGAUGGGCAGUGCCUUACCGCGCCGGGCCGAAACCGGAUAGCUGGUCAAACUACGUUCGUGAGUUUUCUAUGCCUGUUUGGUUGAUGGUUUUCAUUUCUGUGGUAGGUGCAACAUUGACUUUAUAUUUCGUACCGGCACUUAUGCGCGCAAAAACUGACGGGAGGUUCAGGAAUGUUUGGUAUUCUCUGAUGUACACUAUUUCGACUCUCAUCGAGCAACCACAUCAUGAGAAAAUUCAAGCAUCUUCCUUGCGAAUAUUCAUUUCAAACUGGCUUUGGUUUGGCUUGGUGAUCACUACAGCAUACAAGGCAAUGCUUGGCAGUUACAUGGCUGUACCUCUACUGGGACCGGAAUUCAUGACUACAGAAGAUGUUAUAUACUCCAAACUACAUGUUGGCGGAGGUCAGGAGACUUUACGACUACUGAAUCACAUUGCUGUCAGAAGCGCUCGAACAAGAGUUUUGCUGCAACGUUAUGAGACUCUAAAACCACAAGACUUUGGGUUGGUUACGCAAAGAAUUGUUCGAGAUCGAGACUUUGCAGUUUUUGGUGUUAAACGGUUCAUUUACCACUAUUCAAUUCCUGAGGCAAAGCGACUUAGGGUGAGGAUUCCAGUGAGAUUUAUUCCUGGUUGCCUGUUGCGACCUCACACAACUCAGUUCAUGCUCAAGAAGAAUUCAUAUCUGCGAAACCCUAUUAAUAGGAUUCUUCUAAGGUUGGUCGAAAGUGGGAUAAUUGAAAAGUGGGUUGUCCACUUGGGACGAAACGUUGUGCUCACAGUUGAACGAAUCAAGGGGAGGAGUUUGAAGUUGUCGAGAUGCUAUGCUCCGUUUGUACUUCUUUUCAUUGGAAUCUGCAUUUCCUAUGCUGUUCUGAAUGCCGAAAUCACAAUGGCAAAAAAAAAGCAAAAAGCAAAAGAGAAUUCAAUGCUAUUCAUAAAACGAGAUCUUGGAAAUCAUGAGUCAGGUUUGCCACAUCCAAUUUACCCUUACUUACCUUAAUAUGUUUGUUUGCUCCAUACUAUACAUGUUUAUACAACCUUUGAUUUGACAAUGUUACUCUUUAGUUUUAAAAUGUUUAAUAAACAUUGAAGAGGAAAUGUAGAGAAAACAAGAUGAUGGACAUGUUAAAUGAUGAUUUGUAGAAUCUGUGUUUAAUGUGAAUAAUAUGAAUGGUAAAAAAAAAAGGUAUUGAAAA